ACAUCUGCCGUAUGAAGCGUACCUGGGACUUGACACCAUGUCCGGAAGCCGUCCUCCAAAACAACGCUUAGCGUCCGUCGUAACUGCAAACUCGAGAGAGGAAUCCGACCUACAGCUAUGGCGAACGGCGACAGCGAAGGCGACACCGACGAUUUGGAUAUGGUGCCUCGCCAGCGAUUCAAUGGACAUGUGAGCUUGGAUGACCCCAAUAACAGCGUUGACGACGAGGCAGAGGAUGUGGUUGAAGUAUCUUCUGACGAGGUCGAUGACUUCGACGGACAGCCUCCGCUCAAACGCAAGCGAGGCACACGCAUCGCCUUCAACAAUGGCGAGGACUCCGAUGCGGCUUACCAGAACUUCAAAGACCGCAAGUCAAAGCAGCGUAAGGUGGCACGCGCGAGCACGCGCAGAGCUAAAGCGAGCGCGAAGAAUGCUUCCAUCGUUGGCCUCAAACCCAAGACGGUUGUGAAACUGAAGAGUCGUGGCGACAAGGCUUACGGCGAAGAAAAUGAUGAGGGUAAAAUGCUCAUGGAAACCACGCUGCCCGACUAUCUUCGCAAACGCCGCAGCAGCUGGGAUCGGCGACGUUCGCAAUUGAAAGGAGCAGCCGGACUGCAAUUACCGCCGGAGUACGAAGACGUAGAUUUCUCGGACGAUGAGCGACUGCAACAUCUGCAGGAGCGACCACAGCUACCAAACGACAUGGUGCAGCGCGAGUACAAAGACGUCGAUUUGCGGUAUUCGCUUGGCAUCGUACCAGCUCCGAUUGCGCAGUACCUUCGACCGUACCAAAUCCAGGGCGCAGAGUUCCUGCAUGAACUGUUUGUGUACCAGAAAGGUGGCAUUCUUGGCGACGACAUGGGUCUGGGCAAGACGAUCCAAGUCAUUGCCUUUUUGACUGCCGCUUUCGGCAAAACGGGUGAUGAGCGGGACUACAAGCGCAUGCGCAAAGUACGGCGCAUGGGUGAUGAUCGCUGGUAUCCUCGUGUACUCAUUAUCGCACCCGGUGGCCUCAUGGCGAACUGGCGAGCCGAGCUCGACCGCUGGGGCUGGUGGCACACCUACACGUUCCACGGUGACAAAAAGGAGAAAGAAGCCGCGCUCGCGGCCGCUCACCAUGGCCGACUCGAGAUCAUGAUUACGACCUACGCGAGCUACCGCGGUCAUGCUGACAAAAUUAACGCCAUCCGCUGGGACGCCGUUAUCGCAGACGAAUGUCACAUAAUCAAAGAACCGCGCUCCGAAAUCACGAAAGCAAUGAACGAGGUCAACGCCCUCUGCCGUAUCGGCAUGACCGGCACCGCCAUCCAAAACAAGUACGAAGAACUCUGGACCCUGCUUAACUGGACCAACCCUGGAACCUUCGGGCCCCUCAUGACGUGGAAACAGAGCAUCUGCCUCCCGCUCAAGAUUGGGCAGAGUCACGACGCAACACUUUCCCAACUUGCUCGCGCCCGACGUACUGCCACUAAGCUUGUCCAGAACCUCCUUCCGCAGUUCUUCCUCCGUCGCACGAAAGCGCUGAUUGCGGACCAACUGCCGAAGAAGAGUGACCGCGUCGUCUUCUGCCCGUUAACAGAGACGCAAAUAGGAGCCUACGACAACUUCUGCGACUCCGAACUCGUGCGCGCCAUCAGAGAGUCGCAAGAGCCAUGUACUUGUGGCAGCGGCAAGAAGCAAGGCUGGUGCUGCUACGCCGAGAUAUAUGGGUACGGCAACUGGCAGCACUUCGUCUUCCCAGCCAUGGUAACGUUACAGAAGCUUGCCAAUCACGUUGCACUGCUCAUUCCAUCCGGCAACGAGCACGACGAGGACAAGCACGACCGGGAGCUGGAGAAGCUCGAGACAGCCUUACCUCAUAUCUGGAAGGAUCUGUAUCACAAGAGAGACAAUAUCAUGAACUACGCCAAUACUGAAUACUGCGGAAAAUGGAAGGUCUUGAAGAAGCUGCUCAGACUGUGGUAUGAGAACGGCGACAAAGUCCUCGUCUUCUCUCACUCUGUCCGUCUACUGCGCAUGCUCGACCUCCUCUUCAAGGCCACAACCACGUACACCGUUUCAUACCUCGACGGCUCCAUGCCGUAUGCCGACCGGCAAGCGGAGGUAGACAAUUUCAACGCUGACACCUCGCGCUUUGUCUUCCUCAUUUCCACUCGCGCCGGCGGGGUUGGGCUCAACAUUACCUCUGCCAACAAAGUGGUAGUCGUCGACCCGAACUGGAACCCUGCCUACGACCUGCAGGCCCAAGACCGCGCAUACCGCAUCGGCCAGACAAGGGACGUCGAAGUCUUCCGCUUGGUAAGCCAGGGCACGGUGGAGGAAAUUGUGUACGCGAGACAGAUCUAUAAACAGCAGCAGGCCAACAUUGGCUACAACGCCAGCGUGGAGCGGCGGUAUUUCAAGGGUGUGCAGGAUCAGAAGGGAAUGAAAGGGGAGAUCUUCGGGUUGGCGAACCUGUUUGCACCGGUGAAGGAGAAUGUGGUGUUGAGGGAGAUUGUCAAUAAGACUAACGUUGCCGAGACGCGAGCAGGCGUCGAAAUCGCGGGACUCGAGUUUGAGGCUAGUCAGGAUGACGGGGUGGGCGGCAGUCCGUUGCUGGAUGGUGAGACGAAGGAGGAUGCGGCAAUCAGCCAGCUCGCGGCUGAGAUCAUUGACUCCGCAGGCAGCAAGAGGAAGGCGGCCAAGCUAAUCGCGAAGCGCAAGGAUCCCGUCUCUGCGAUUCUGGCGUCCGUAGGCGUGGAGUAUACGCAUGAGAAUGCGGAAGUCAUCGGGACGUCGAAGAUCGAGACGAAGAUCUCCUCUCGUGCUCAGAAGGCGGGCAACGAUGUCGACUAUGAUGGAGACCGCGCUUUUGGGCAAGCAUCGCAGUCGCAGCAACCGACAGGACCAGGCGGCAGAUCGGGCGCAGGAAACUCUCACGCCGCUGGUGACGGAGGGGUACGAUACAAGUACCGUCCGCCGGAAGAUGUGAGGAGGAGGCAAUUUUGCAGCAUGGCGAGGCGGUUUGGGUAUGAGGGGACGAAGGGAGUGGAGGAGUUUGCGCUGGUGGUUGAGGGAUGGACGCAGGAGGAGCGGAGGCGGUGUUUGGAGAAGUUCUAUCGCGGGCGGAGGGAGGAGCUUGAAGGUGACGGAGUGGUGGAUUAUUGAUAAUGGCAUCGGAAAUGGGUCGAUUUCGUGUUAUCUCUCAACCAAGCGCUGGAAGAGAUGGUUUGGCUUGGCGUUGGUGGAGGGUUUGUUUUGAGUGUGCUUUGAUUAGAUACCAUCAAGUCGGAUCCACAGGUUGCAACCCUUGCUGCAGCGCACCCAGACUAGCACUUGGUCUUCAGUGUCUCCGAUGUCAACAGAUAGCAAUGUCGUCUCAGCGAGGCAGUUGCAGCAUAGGUUAUCAAUCUGUCACGCACAGUAUUCAUUGCGGCGCAAGUGUGAUAAUUCUCAAUUGCCAAGCCAUCGAUUAUCGUAGAGCAGCCCUUACCCAUUGCCGCGAGGUUGUGCCCACUCGAUGUGUUUCCGCUGCGCGAGUUCGUAUGGCAAGCAGAUAUCAGGUCACUCUGCGCUGUCUGCCUCAUCUUAUGCACAGUCACAGGUUCCAGCUUCAGCUUC